CAGCAGGUGCAACACUCUCCCUGUAUGUCUCCCCGAACAGUUCACACAUCGCGGACAGCGCAGUGGGUGGUAUUGGAGCAGUGGGCUCCUCCGUCGGCGCUUCUCCCUCUGUCGCUGCGUCCCUCUCUGGCCCGGCUUGUGCGCAAGCCAUGUCCGCCCGAACGGGAUUCGCCGUGAUGAUUGAUAUGGUUGGACGGGGACGCUGGUGAGCGGGGCUGUGCUCUGUGCUGCUGUUGGCACGGGGCGAAGAAGAGUGUCGGUGGAGGGGGCGUGUGAUGUACAGCAUGCUGAAUAUUGGCUGCCAGCGUGCGGCUUCCCAGGGUGGUAGGGUGAAUGCCAUCGUGUUUGAAGAAAGAGGGAUGGUUCCAGAAAAGAUUAAAAUUGUCCGCGAAGUUGAAGCCUCAAGCGUAGCAGGCAGGCCUGAGUCAGGUGUUCAGCAGGAGCAGUCUGGAGAAUAGUGCGUCCCCGUGACCAAGUGUGGGAAUGGGACCCGGAGAUAAAAACAGACUUUUCACAAGUGCGUAGGAAGUCCAGGAGGGAGGUGAAAGCCUUCACACAAAAAGGUUCACAUUCUGUGGUGUGGAGGUUUUUCGGAUUCAAAGAAGACGAUGAAAGUCAAACUAACGUCACUUGAAAGCAGUGUUUUGCCAUAGUAUUAGCACCGCAGGGUAACACAACGAACUUGUAUAACCACCUUAAACGACACCACAAAGUUCAAUAUGACUAAGCUUUAAAGGCCAAGAAAACGACAGGAGAAAAUCCCUCCCGCUCUACCACUCGCACCCAGACAUCAAUAAUGGGAACCUUAUACAGUGCAUCUCCAUACCUGACAAGCUCCCACAGACACAAGGAGAUUACAGAGGCAAUCACGUAUCACCUGGCUAAAGAUAUGGCUCCAUUCAACACUGUGCAAAACAAGGGAUUUAAGAAAAUGAUCAACACCUUAGACAAGCGUUACACAGUGCCCUCCCGCAGCUAUUUUUCAAACGUUGCACUACCUGCUCUGUACAGUCAGUGUCGAACAACAGUGGAGACAGAAUUGCGAGCAGUACAUCAUUUUGCGGCAACAACAGCCUUAAGGUCUAGCUGCGCAAUGGAACCAUACAUGAGCCUGACAGUCCAUUAUGUUGCCAGUGACUUCACCGUGAAAACUCGGUGCCUACAGACUGCCUUUUUCCCUGAGGAUCACACAGAUGAGGCUCUAGCACAGGGACUGUGCUAGAGGCAGAAAUGGUGUGCAUAACCACGGACAAUGGAUCCAACAUUGUGAAAGCAGCAUCCCUUAACAACUGGACAAGGCUUCAGUGUUUUGGACACAGGCUGCAUCUGGCUAUAGGUGAGCUGUGUAUUAUUUAAAAAAUCAUUUUCUGUUACUGAAAAAAUAUGCUAUUUAGCUGUAUAAUAUGUUUUAAAUAAUAAUACCAGUGGUGACAAUAAUAUUAAUAAUAAUGAUGAUGUUUACUUUCAUCACUAUGUUUUAUCCCCUCCCCCAGACAUGUUUUACAAUGUAGGCUAUAUAAAAUACUCAAUAAUAAUAAUACAUAAAAAAUAAUCUCAUACUGUCUUUCAACAAAGUUAAAUGAUCUUGUUAAAAUCUUUUAAAUUACAUCUCAUUCUACCUCAUUAAAAAUCUAAGAUUAGAUCUAUAAAUAUAAUAUACAAAUAUUUUUAUUUUAGCUGCUGGACACAGCUCAAACAUCCAACUGUAAAAACAAGAAGAAAAACAUUUUUGAGUAGAGGGAAACCUUAAUAACAAUAAUAAAAUCAAAAAUAUCAAAAAUAUUACUGUAAAAUAAUGAAUAAUAAAUAUAAUAAAAUAGUUGAUGAUGUCAAGAAUUUAUUCCAAUUUUUUUUAUUUAUUUAUUUAUUUUUUUUCUGCUCUAGAGAACGCAAUGAAAGAUCCAAGAAUCGACCACGCUGUAGGGCUAUGCAAAAAGGUUGUGGGCUGCUUCAGUUACAGUUGGAGACGGAAGAGGGGGCUUGCUCAGGCCCAAAAGGAGCUCAAGCUACCUGAACACAAGCUGAAAACUGAGAGUCCAACAAGAUGGGGGUCGAGACAAGCUAUGGUCCAGCGGGUACUUGAACAGCUACCUGCUAUUUCACAUGUUCUCUCCUCUGAUCGGAAGGUGAGACACCUGGUUCCCAUAUGGCAGGACGUAGAGGUCCUCGAGGCAGUCAACAAUACACUCGGCCCACUGACAGAGUUCACUGAUGCCUUCUCAGGAGAACAAUAUGUGAGUAUCUCCUCAGUGAAGCCGGUUCUCCACCUCUUUGAAACGUAAAGUUGUGGCAGUGCAGGAAGAUGACUCGGGUCUCAUGCGAUCAAUCAAGUCAAGAAUCCUGGGAUACCUUCAGGAAAGUACAGUGAUCCAAACACACAGGGGCUGCUCGACCUUGCCACAACCCUGGAUCCAAGAUUCAAAAUGAAAUAUGUCAGUGAGGACAAGAAAACCACUGUCAAGGCCAGACUGACAGAUGAGAUGACUGGCGUAACUACAGUUAUGCAAAGUCAGCCCUCAAGUGCACCCCCUGCUGCCACCCCCAUGAAGAAGAGCCGGAAGACUUUAGGCACCUUCUUCAAAGCAGCAGGAGGCAAUGAGAUGGGACCAUCCCAGCUAGAGCAAGAUGUUGACUCAGAACUACAGUCAUAUCUACUCAUCAGCAACAUUGACAGUGAGGAGGACCCCUUAGUCUGGUGGAGGCAACACAAGGAAUUGGAACCGUACCUGGUACACUACUAAUCCAGACCUCACCCAGUGCUUCCAGAACACUGUCCUUGUGUGGCUGCCAUGCCUCUACCUCUGGAUAUGUGCCCCCAUCUACCUCAUCUACCUCCGCAGUCAUGACCGUGGCUACAUAUGUAUGAGUCACAUCAACAAAGCUAAAACUGCUGUUGGCCUUCUGCUGUGGAUUAUCUGCUGGUCAGAUGUUUUCUAUUCUUUCUGGGAAAGAAGUCACAGCACCAGUGUCCCCGCACCCGUCCACCUAGUCAGUCCCACCUUACUGGGCCUCACCAUGUUGCUGGCCACCCUGUUAAUCCAGUAUGAACGGAUGAAAGGGGUUCAGUCAUCUGGAGUGAUGCUGAUCUUUUGGCUGCUGGCACUGCUGUGUGCCACAGUCACCUUCAGAUCCAAGAUCUUCCAGGCCCUGGACGAGCCGUCAACGGUGUGUUUGUGGAGGUACACCACCUUCUAUAUCUACUAUGCUCUGCUGCUGGUUGCUCUGUUCCUGUCCUGCCUGACAGACCGGCUCCCCCUCUUCUCUCAAGCCGUCAAAGACUCGAAUCCCUGCCCCGAGCCUGGAGCCUCUUUCCUUUCCAGAAUAACCUUCUGUUGGAUCACCAGGAUGAUGAUGACAGGCUACAAGCGCCCACUGGAGGAAAAGGACCUGUGGUCUUUGAACUCUGAAGACCGCUCCCACAAAGUGGUUCCAAAACUGGUGCGCCGCUGGAACACAGAGUGCCAAAAAGUCAAAAGGACAGAGCAGAAAACUUUGUACUCCCCCAAGCGGGUCAGUCACAAUGAGGGCAAAGAAGGCCGAGCUGUGGAAGAGUCUGAAAUCUUGAUUGUAAAAAACCCCCAGAACACAAGGGAGCCUUCCCUGUUGUGGGCACUGUGCCUAACCUUCGGACCCUACUUCCUCAUCUCCUGCCUCUAUAAGCUCAUCCAGGACGUCCUCAUGUUUGUUGGGCCUGAGAUUCUUCGGCUGCUGAUCCGCUUUGUCAACAACUCCAGUGCUCCCUCCUGGCAGGGUUACUUCUACACUGCUCUGCUCUUCAUAUGUACCUCUGUGCAGUCACUCAUCCUGCAGAGGUACUUUCAUGUCUGCUUUGUCACAGGCAUGCGUCUGCGCACUGCCAUCAUCGGAGCUGUCUACAGGAAGGCCUUGCUUAUAAGCAACGCAGCACGCCGCACCUCCACAGUGGGCGAGAUGGUGAACCUGAUGUCAGUAGACGCUCAGCGCUUCAUGGACCUCAUUACUUACAUCAACAUGGUAUGGUCCGCCCCUCUGCAGGUGGUACUGGCCCUCUACUUUCUCUGGCAGAACCUGGGUCCAUCCGUGUUGGCUGGAGUGGCUGUGAUGGUUCUGAUGGUUCCUGUUAAUGCUGUGAUCGCAAUGAAAACCAAAACCUACCAGGUGGCUCAGAUGAAGAGUAAGGACAGUCGCAUUAAGCUGAUGAAUGAGAUGCUAAAUGGCAUUAAGGUGCUUAAACUGUAUGCCUGGGAGAUGGCCUUCAAGGACAAGGUGUCAAAAAUCCGUGAGAGUGAGCUGCAAGUCCUUAAGAAGGCUGCCUACCUGGGUGCAAUGUCCACCUUCACCUGGGUCUGCACACCUUUCCUGGUCGCCCUGUCCACGUUUUCUGUGUACGUACUGAUUGACGAACGAAACGUGUUAGAUGCCCAGAAGGCCUUUGUGUCACUGGCACUCUUCAACAUCCUGCGUUUUCCUCUCAACAUGCUGCCAAUGGUCAUCAGUAGUAUGGUGCAGGCCAGCGUGUCGUUGAAAAGGCUGAGAGUGUUUCUUUCUCAUGAGGAGCUGCAGGAAGACAGUGUGGAGCACAAAACAGUAGCAGGCUUCCCACAUAGUAUUUCCAUUGUGGAUGGAGUUUUAAGCUGGUCUAGAGCUGAAUCACCGGCACUGAACAGGUUGAAUGUGUGUGUCCCAGAAGGCUCUCUGGUAGCCGUGGUGGGACACGUGGGUUCAGGAAAGUCCUCACUGCUUUCUGCCCUGCUCGGAGAGAUGGAAAAACUAGAAGGAACUGUGGCUGUCAAGGGUUCGAUGGCCUACGUUCCUCAGCAGGCCUGGAUCCAGAAUUCCACACUGAAAGACAACAUAAUAUUUGGUCAGGAAAGGAGAGAGGCCUGGUAUCAGCGCGUGGUGGAGGCAUGUGCCCUUCAGCCUGACCUUGAGAUCCUUCCUGCUGGAGACGAGACAGAGAUUGGAGAGAAGGGAGUGAAUCUCUCUGGAGGUCAGAAGCAGAGGGUAAGCCUGGCCAGGGCUGUCUAUUGUGACCGUGCUGUCUACCUGCUGGAUGACCCGCUGUCUGCCGUUGAUGCUCACGUAGGAAAACAUAUCUUUGAUCACGUCAUCGGCCCACAGGGACUGCUGAAGGACAAGACUCGUGUGCUGGUGACUCACGGACUGCGCUACCUGCCCCAGGCUGACCUGAUCCUGGUCAUGGUGGAGGGAGAGAUCACAGAGAUGGGCUCCUACCAGCAGCUCAUGGCCACAGAGGGAACCUUUGCUGAGUUUCUGCGAACAUACACUGCAGUUGACCACACUGACAACAAUCAGUCUGUGCCAAGGAGUGGAACCAAAGGAGUAGAGAACAGCAGUGCACCUGCUCGUGUUGGCAGUCCAGAUGCCAGCAAUGUGUCCAAACUGUCCCAGACGGGUAAGGAGGACAAGGUGCUGAGCAAAAAUGCCAAGGACCCUGAGGUGGGCAAGCUGACAGAGGCUGACAAGGCCAGCACUGGACGGGUCAAACUCUCUGUGUUCUGGGCUUAUCUAAAAGCCAUCGGAGUGCCUUUGUCCUGCAUCAGUCUGCUGCUGUUCCUCACCCAUCACCUGCUCUCACUGUUCUCCAACUACUGGCUGAGCCUGUGGACUGACGACCCCGUGGUGAAUGGCACUCAGCCCGACAGACUAAUGAGACUUGGGGUGUACGGUGGUCUCGGCCUGUUCCAGGGUGUGGCAGUCUUUGGUUACUCCCUCUCCACGUCCAUCGGGGGCAUCCUGGCAUCCCGCUACCUCCAUCAGUCCAUGCUGUAUGACGUCCUGCGCUCACCUAUGUCCUUCUUUGAGCGAACCCCCAGUGGCAACCUGGUCAACCGCUUUGCCAAGGAGAUGGAUACCAUUGACUCAUUGAUCCCCAGUAUUAUUAAGAUGUUCAUGGGCUCUAUGUUAAAUGUGUUGGGUGCUUGUGUUAUCAUCCUGAUUGCCACACCACUGGUAGCUGUCAUCAUCCCUGCUCUCGGUCUGCUCUACUUUUUUGUGCAGAGGUUUUAUGUGGCAUCAUCUCGCCAGCUAAAGCGUCUGGAGUCAAUCAGUCGUUCACCCAUCUACACCCACUUCAGUGAAACACUGCUGGGCACCUCCGUCAUCCGAGCCUUUGGUGAACAGGAGCGCUUCAUCCAUGAGAGUGAUCGGCGGGUGGACCACAACCAGAAAGCUUACUACCCCAGCAUCAUAGCAAACAGGUGGCUGGCUGUUCGCCUGGAGUUUGUAGGAAACUGCAUCGUGUCAUUUGCAGCUUUGUUUGCUGUCAUAGCCAGAGAAAGCCUCAGUCCAGGCAUCAUGGGGCUGUCUAUCUCCUAUGCUCUCCAGCUAACUGCCUCUCUGACCUGGCUGGUGAGGAUGUCCUCUGAUGUGGAGACCAACAUAGUGGCUGUAGAGAAAGUUAAAGAGUACAGUGACACAGAGAAAGAGGCAGAGUGGAAACAUGAGCCCUCCAGCCUCCCCCCAGGGUGGCCCACUGAUGGCUGCAUAGACAUCAGAGGCUUUGGCCUGCGCUACCGCCAUGACCUGGAUCUCGCCAUUCGCAACAUCACCAUCAGUAUAAAUAGAGGAGAGAAGGUGGGCAUUGUUGGGCGCACCGGAGCAGGGAAAUCUUCCCUAACGCUCGGGCUGUUCCGGAUCAUCGAGGCAGCAGAGGGUCACAUCUUCAUUGACGGGGUGGACAUCACUCAGCUGGGCCUCCAUGAGCUUCGUUCCAGAAUCACCAUCAUUCCACAGGACCCAGUGCUGUUUUCAGGAUCUCUGAGGAUGAACUUGGAUCCUUUUGACAGCUACUCUGAUGAGGAAGUAUGGAGGGCUCUGGAGUAUUCUCAUCUCAAGAGCUUUGUGUCCAGCCUGCCAAACAAACUCAGCCAUGAGUGUAGUGAAGGAGGAGAGAACCUCAGUGUGGGUCAGAGGCAGCUGCUGUGUUUGGCCAGAGCUCUCCUGAGGAAGACCAAGAUCCUGGUUCUAGAUGAGGCCACAGCAGCUGUGGACAUGGAGACAGACAACCUGAUCCAGUCCACCAUCCGCUCUCAGUUUGAGGACUGCACUGUCCUGACAAUCGCUCAUCGCCUUAACACUAUCAUGGACUACACCCGGGUCCUGGUGUUGGACAAGGGAGAGAUGGCAGAGUUCGAUUCCCCCUCCAAUCUCAUCGCUCAAAGAGGAGCUUUUUACAAGAUGGCCAAGGAUGCAGGGCUGGUAUGAAGCAGCUCACUCUGUUCAGCUGCUCCUCUGAGUCCCUCCCAGCUUGUCUGGCUCCCUGUUGUGGAGCUCCUCACUUACAGAGGAAGAGGGAGAUUGUUAAGAUUUAGAAUGAUGGACUGUUUAAGAAAGGGUAUUGAUGAGAACAACAGGUUUGGUUUGAUCUGCUUCACCAUACACUUCAAUCCUCAUUUAACUACACAACUCCAUGAUGCCUGUCCCAAACAACCUUGCAUCUUUCUGUCAGCCUGGGACGUCUCUGUGACCCCUGAUUCCUCCCACCCCUUUCACUUUCUGUUACUGCCAUUUCUGCCAUGGACCAGGAGGUGAGAUAUUCUAACAAGGGACAUACUUUAUACGGCAUUCAUUUAGACAGAGCAUUGUACCUGUGCUUGAACAAAGGGGAGGAGUUGUACUUCUCUCCAGACACAAUUCCUGCAGUCUAUCAGAAACAGUUCACUUGUGGCUGUGGUAUUCAAUGCUGAAGUCAGUGGAGGACAAAAAGGUUUGUUCCAUAAGUGCUAAAUUAUUUUGUGCCAAAUACUGUCCUCAGAAAUCCCAGCUAUUUUGCAGAUUUUAAAAAUCAGCACUCAUUUGAGAAGAGGAUCAUGAUUUGGGAGACUGCUUACACGGACAGCAUGUUCAAAUAGGCAGUGAGCGUUCUCAUUUAACAAACAGGAGCCAAGGUCAAGGGCCUGUGUCCACAUAGGGUUUUUUUUCUCAACACCAAUGUCUUUUUUUCAGUUGUUCCCAAUGUGGUGAGAGCAUCUGCUUAGAGGAAAAGCGUUGCCCCCGGCAUCUUUAUUCAGAGCAUUCUCCCUUUUUUGUGCGGCUGCUUCAAAUGCAUCUAUAUAAAAAUCUCUAAAUGUGUUCAGAAAGGAGCUGGUGAUGUCACUGCCACUCUUUUAGCUAGGCCACUAUCAUAACAAAGACAGAAAAGCCCAUCUAUGGAGCUACAUUUGUUUCUUUAUUAUUCAAUCAAACAUUAGGUUUUGCA